CUGGCCGGGGUGGGCGGCGACAGCCGACACGGAACGUAUCAACUGAUGAAUGUAAAGAGCAAACUUGAGUUAAGCUGUUGAGGUUCAACUUAAAGCGCCUCCGUGCUGAAGAAAUCCUCACCAAGAACAAUGCAAGCAAUUAGGAACUGUGUGUGUGGCCGUUGGUCAUCCGACGUCAGGCUGGACGGCCAAACUGUCCUCAUUACAGGAGCUAACACUGGGAUUGGCAAGGAGACUGCUCGGGACCUGGCCAGGAGAGGUGCUCGCAUCAUCAUGGCGUGCAGAGACGUGGAGAAGGCGGAGUCUGCCAGGACGGAGAUCAUGGACGACGCCGGGAACGAGGAGGUGGUGGUGAGAAAGCUGGAUCUCUCCAGCACCGCGUCCAUCAGGGAGCUGGCUGAAAUCAUCAACAGGGAGGAGCAGCAGCUCAACAUCCUCAUAAACAACGCAGGCAUCAUGAUGUGUCCAUACUCUAAGACAACAGACGGCUUUGAGACGCAGUUCGGGGUCAAUCACCUAGGUCACUUCCUGUUGACCUACCUACUGCUGGACCUAAUCAAGCGAUCGGCGCCGGCUCGCAUAGUGAACGUGGCGUCCGUGGCCCACACCUGGACGGGCCUGCGAUUGGACGACAUCAACAGCGAGCAAAGCUAUGACAGCGUGAAAGCGUACGGACAGAGCAAGCUAGCCAACGUCCUGAGCACGCGCUCACUAGCCAAGCGUCUGCGAGGGACGGGGGUGAGUGUGUUCUCGCUGCAUCCCGGGGUGGUGCGGUCAGACCUGUGGAGACACCUGAACACAGGGGUUCAGCUGGCUGUCAAGGUGUUCAGCAUCUUCAGCAAGACUACAGUGGAAGGAGCCCAGACCAGCAUCUACUGUGCUGUUCAGCCCGGUCUAGAGGCAGAGAGUGGGGGGUACUAUAGCGACUGUGCUCCAGCUCGUUGCUCCAGAGCGGCGUCGGAUGAGGAGCUUGCAGAGAAGCUGUGGGAGGUCAGCUGCAAGAUGCUGGAGCUCACCUGGGAGUAGAGACUGGCCACGCCCAGCUGUCCCAGGGCCACGCCCACGCCCACCCGCCCACACCCAGCCGCUCCAACGCCCACGCCCAGCUGCCCUGACGUCCACUACAGUACUUCAGAUUCCUUUCACUUGCCAGGUCCACAAUCUACUACACUGUCCUACAGUGUAGAAACACUGCUGUCUACAUUCUGGAAUCCCAUUCUACGUUCUAGAGUCCCACUCUGCGUUCUAGAAAAACCAUUCUACAUUUAAAAGAGAACACUUCAUUUUACGUCCUGGAAUCCAGUUCUACGUUCUAGAAUAUCGUUUUUAUACAUUCUAGAACACUGCCGUGAUUAAUGUUUUAUCAUGAAUUACGAGGAAGGCAAUCAUUUUUGUUUGUAUUGUCCCAGGUUGAACACAAUGUAUGAAGUGUUUCUGUAGUUUGACUCCUGUGUAAAUAGUAGUAUUAUCUCGUCAUUACUAUCACAAAGAAAAACUGAGUAUUACAUAAAAACAACUGUUGUAUGGUUCACAAGAAUGAAAGUGCAUCACUUUCAGCUGUUUAGAAGCUGAGGGAGUAGUUUUACUGGUUCUAUAGAUCAGGGUAUCGUCAGUAUUAUGGGAAAACUUCAUUGUGUGUAUAUAUCAAUAUUGUCUAGUUUAGUUUCAGUUAGAUUAAAAUGUACAUGGUUGUGAUCUAUGGUAGCAUAAUUAUUUACAUACAUUACCAGAUUGUGUAUGAAGUAUUCAUCAGUCAUUCACAAAUUUUUCUCCUACCCUGUGUGAAGUAAAUUCAAGACUGCUUUGUUGUAAAAAAAAGUGUUUGGCAGGAUUACUUGGCCCAACAGCAAGGCUUUCUAGGUUUACACAUGACUGUGUGCAUGACUAAAAAGCUGCUGCAAGGAUUAAGAGGAAUUUGGUUCUGAACCCUGGGUUGGCAUGGUCAAACUGAACCUUGUCUGUUCAUCAGCACACUAUACAAUGGUCUCACAAGCCCCGCGGCCCACCUAACCUCAUGAGUUUCUUGGAACCUGUGGGUGGUCCAUAACUAAGAAGAAUAGGCCUAGACUUCCAUGUGAUUCCUGCAAUUAGAUGUUAUUUUGCUCAAAACACAGGGCGAGAACCGUAUGUUUGUAACACAGUGAAGCAUAGCUCCGCAAUGGUUACGGUGACAAUUAAGAGGAUCAAAUUAAAGAAUGACCAGUAUUUAGUCAACGUAAUCUCCUUGUAGUCGUAUCCUUAGCUAACCUUGUGUAGUACAGUUAUGCCAGUAUGGUUUUAUUGUGUUGUUACUUUGAUUGUGUUUUAAUGUGUGUCUAUUUGCUCUGUACUGUGCCUCUCGGAGGACAGUAACGUUUUUUAAGUCCAGGGAUGGAGACUGUGCUAGGCAACAGCUGUAUCGUUGUUGGCUUGUAAUUAUUUGUAUUGUUCAGUUCUACAGAAGCUUCUUGGAGAAGAAAAAUCUACCGGACAGCUAUCAGGCCCAGAUGUGAUAAAAGGUUUAGAUUUUUUUAUUUUACCUUUUGAAAACAGUUGUGUCUUAACUUUCAAAAAAAAAAAAUCAACCUUUCGAAACUUUUUUUCCAAAAAUAUAUUUUCAACCUGAUGACAGCUUGUUUCCAGCUCCUUUAAAAAUACAUAUUUUUAAAACUGUUUUUGUUAGACUUUCCUUCAGAUUUGUUUUUAAACCUUUGGAAACUUUAGUCCUUGGUUGUUGUCUACCUCGACAAGUGCGUGACUACGUGUGCUUCAUAAAUAAAUCAGUACCAUA